ACAGGUGCUGCCCCAUACCCGGCUGAUGCUGCCUCUCCGUCGGCCGCUGGAGGCUCCACACAGGGCCCCUGUUCCAGAGCGGACGAGCGGGACGGCGCUGCUUCGUUCCCGCCUGACGCUGCCUCUCUGUCGGCCGCUGGAGGCUCCUCGCAGGGCCCCAAUUCUAGUGCGGGGACUAGGGCUGGCACUGCCUCAUACCUGGCUGACGCUGCCUCUACCUCGGCCACUGGAGGCUCGACUCAGGGCCCCAAUUCCAGUGCGGAGAGUCGGGUUGGCACUGCUUCGUUCCCAUCUGACGCUGCCUCUCUGUCGGCCGCUGGGGGCUCCACACAGGCCCCCUAUUCUAGUGCGGGGACUCUGGCUGGCACUGCCUCAUACCUGGCUGCCGCUGCCCAUCCCGCGGCCGCUGGAGGCUCGACUCAGCGCCCAAAUUCCAGUGCGGAGACUCGGGUUGGCACUGCUUCGUUCCCAGCUGACGCUGCCUCUCUGUCGGCCGCUGGAGGCUCCACACAGGGCCCCUGUUCCAGAGCGGACGAGCGGGUCGGCGCUGCCUCAGUCCAGGCCGACGCGGCGCUGCCGCCGGCUGCUACAGAGUCUGUCCAAGCCUCUGUCAUCCCCAUUCCUGCUGGUCCCUGGAUCCUGCGCGGAGUGAGACCGAAAUCCAGGGUUAACUGCUCCACUCCGUUACACCCGGAGCACCGUGAUGUGGUCGGCGGCCGAAAUAAGAGGUGGAGACGCUCCGGUCUCUCCUCCGGUGUUCCCGGAGAACCGCUUCGGCAUGCUUGGUGAGGACCUCUCUUCACUAACCGCUGUCAACGGUCUCCUCCUAGGCACCCUUCAUCCGCUUCAUCGGCACUGGUUCCCCAGGCAUUUCACUCCUCGGCAAACGGAGCCUCGGUCUGCCGCGCACAGGAAUACAGAUCCAGCGAGGCAAACGGUCACCUGCUCUCCAUCCCCGGAUCUCCCGCUGGCAAGCAGCUUCGACAUCAUGAGCACAUGGGACUUUCCUCCUCUGGGUGUCUGCUCCCCUCAACUUGCCUCCCAGGCCGCCAAGUCAUCAUCCUCCACCCGCCGUAGGCUCCUGAAGGAGGCUGUGAUGAUGAGGAGAUGCACUGGCGGGAUCAUCUCUCCGGUGACAGCCAACUCCCUCACUGCGACACUCGCCGGUCAUGGUCAACCAACCUCAGCCGGUGAGUUCGUCCCGCUCGCAUCGGAUACUGACUGCACUUUGCCAUCUCCUGUCAAGUUUUCCUCCAGGUGACAAAGAUGCAGACAGGCUGAGGGAGUGGAUGGUGAACAUGAGACGGAUGGACUGGAGACCUGUACCAUCAUCUCGUCUUUGCAGUGCUCAUUUUGAAGAGCAUGCCUUCCCCACGGACUCAAAGGGGAAGCGUUGCCUGAAGAAAACAGCUAUCCCAACUCUGUUUCCAGAUCAUCAGGUGGGCUCCUCUCUGAAAGGUGUGAAACGCAGGAUUUUGAAGCUCCUCUCAAGAGUCAGACCUCAUCACUAACCACCUACAACAUGGAGGACUUAUCCUGUGUGACCUGUUUUCCAUCCACCCUGUUCAGUUCUUUUUCUUAGUGUUGGAGUAUAUGUCUUCAGUCAUUUCUUGAACAUGUUUUUAGCAUCUUUAACAAGGAAGUAACACUUGUUUCUUAAGUGUAUUGUAAAUGAUAAUAUAAUCAAAUUGUUCUCUUAUGUGUCUGUCUCUUUGACUCACCUUACAUGUCCUCCACACUCAUUUUCAGUUGGUUUGGUGUUAAAGUAUUUUACUAGCCGUUUGUCUCAAACAAGCCUAGAAGUGACUUCUGUCAACUACCCCAGGAGUCCAAGAAAAUGCACUCAUUUUGUUAUGGUGUUUCUGUUUCUUUUGACAGCUUUAAAUAUAAAUGAAUGUCAUUUUAGGCCAUUGUUGGUAUUUAGAGACAAAUACUUUGCUCUGACAUAAUUUAGCAUAUGCUGUUUUUCUUAAUCUGUACUGUAUAUCAAAAGCUCUCAUGUUACAUUGACUCAGAGGCAAGAAUACAAAGUUUAAAAAGUUUUAAUAACAAAAAAACAAUGUGUAACAAACACAACCCCUGGCUACAUUCGCCGUGGGGAGAAAUGUAGUGAAGUGUGAGGGCUACCCUUCACACAAAACUGUGUUAAAUAAAAUAAUUAAAUAAAGGGUGCAUAUCAAACAUCAAAUACAGCAUAUAAAUCCUGGAAUUGUUUUUCCUGCCAAAAAAAAAAAGCUGAUUGAAAGACCAAAUCCAGCACCACCCUACAGGAUUUGAUCUUUCAAACACAUGGCGAUGUUAUUUAAAAAUAUAUCAUUACCCAAAGGGGUGAAAUGAACUCCAUCAUACAAAAAAAG